AUGGACUUUCAGCCAAACACAUCUCUACGUCUAAGCCUACCAAGUUACAAAAACCACCAACUAAACCUAGAACUUGUUCUCGAGCCUUCUUCUAUGUCUUCUUCCUCUUCUUCUUCUUCCACGAACUCAUCAUCAUGUUUGGAGCAGCCUAGGGUCUUCUCUUGUAACUAUUGUCAAAGAAAGUUUUAUAGCUCUCAAGCUCUUGGUGGCCAUCAAAACGCCCAUAAGCUUGAAAGAACCUUAGCCAAGAAGAGUCGAGAACUCUUUAGAUCCUCAACCACUGUUGAUACCGAUCAGCCUUACCCGUUCUCUGGCCGUUUCGAGCUCUACGGUCGUGGCUACGAAGGAUUUGUUGAAAGCCCCGGCUCGAGGGACUUCUCCGGCCGCCAUGUGCCAGAGAAUGGUCUUGAUCAGGACAAGGAGAGGAGUCACAUUGACUUGUCGUUAAAGCUUUAA